AUGGAUUCCUCCGGACUCACUCGCAAGAGAGGGAGAGCCGAUGCCCCCGCUAACGGCAAUGGCGGAGCUGUCGGAUCGAAGAAGAGCAAAGGUAUGGGUUGGCCGUGCCAUUAAAUUGUUCGGUUGCUUUGGCAGUUACUUUAUUUAUCCGCGGGGUAUUUCUUGAUGUUAUUAGGGUUCUAACUUGGACUGGGAAGUCUCAGGUUCAUUUGGGCGACUUUAUUAGUAUUCUUGGUAUGUUAGUCAAUAGGGCAUCUGGCUGUUUGCGUAACCGCCGACUAUUAUUUACACGAAUUAAAUAUUCAUCGCCCAUUGUCCGAGCAGGCAGGACGCCUACGCCCUUGGUCCUGGCAUUUUCCAUUUUCAUGAUGGUGGAUUUUCUUCUAAGAAUAUUCUUUUGUUAUUGGACACAAUAGCGAGGCUCAUAAUGUUGAUACCUAAUCAUCCGCACUUAACGUGGUUUUAUUUGAACGGUAUCAUCUUUCCUUGAGCGUUCACCCACGCAGAAUGGGUACCCGAAGGAUGUUUGCGAGGGACGACAUCUGUUUGUGAAAGCUGCCUAAAGUAUAUCAUUCACUGGUGCUCCCUGUAUGAUAAGGAAGAAGAAUGUUUCAAUCUAUAUUUUUCGCAUCUAUCCUCGUAGCAGUUCUCAAAUCGAAAGUCUCAAUUCUUGUCUCGCAAAAAAAAAAAUUGAAAGCCCGAUCUCUUUUUCUGGCGGAAGUUGUCAGCCAGGAGAAUGGUUUCUUUGAGUCCAUUUUCGGAUUUUAGCAUCCUAUCUUUCAAGCUUUCGCUUCUGAAAGUAUUGCGGUGGUUAUUUUUUUAUUUAUUUCCUUAUUUUUUAGUAGAUAACAUGGGCCGUAUUAUGUUUAAUUAAUUUGGCGUGUACUUUCCCUAGUCUCCCUUUUCCCUUGUAUGUGAUUGUAUCGGUAAUCAUUUGAACUUUCAGUAGAUGUGAGAAUAUCUUUUUAAUGAUAUACAGAAUGGAUGGCACUUUUGAAAAUUUUCAAGUCUCAAGAUUAAUAACCCAGUGAAAUCUAACUGAAAAAAAGUAAUUAAUGUCAUGCAACAGAAAUGCAGUCCAUCCAACCUGGUGUAGGAAGCAAAUCGAAGCCAUGUACCAAGUUUUUCAGGUUCCAAUCUUAACUCAUCUAAGAUGAACACUCACUGUAAAUUUAUCGUUUUCAUAAUAGUUUUAAUAAACAUUUUUUCGUUUUUUUCUAAGCAAGAUAACUUUUUGCGGAACUAAUGAAUUCAUCAUCUAAGUUGUGAUACAGGUCCACGUGCUAUAAUUAAUGGUAACAGGAUUGGAUUGGGUAAUUUGAUGAUCGCCAUGGGAACCUCCAAAUACUAAUACGUGAAGCAACUUGUAACUCGAACUGGCAACUAUGCCUGGCAUCAAAAGAUAAUUAUAAUUGGCAUUGUGUGUCUUAUAUGUGAUUGGAUCUUCUAGUAAAUCUGUCUGUGUCUCUUGUCUCAUUCUUUUUGGAAGACAAUUUUUUUUGGGAAGAAUAUGGAAUGUAUUUAAGCAAUCAAUUACAAAGUUGAAAUUGAAAUGAGUAAAUAAUUUCUGAUUAUGUCUGUGAAGCAUUUUGGUUGGAUUGAAUUUCACGUGUUACAGCACACCCAUAUUCAUGAAUACACAUUGUUUUUUCCUCUCGUUCAUGCACAUACAAUUUUUUUUCAUCUGAUUUUCUCAUGCCUUUGUAGAUGCAUGUACUCCAGCGCUCAGUGUUUCUGUGAGCAAAUAUUAUUUGUUAAAUAAAGCUAAUAAUUAAUUCAAAGCCUCUUCCACCAAAUAAUUGAUAUUUUUUCGCAGCGUGCAUUGAUUAUUUAAUACGAUUAUUAUUCUUUUACUUACCGUGAACGUUUAAUAGCUGUAUUUCAAUUCCCAUGGGAAUCUAAAUAAUGUCUUUGAUGUAUGAUAUUGUGCUGACAAUAUUAAUAAUGCCCUGUUAAGUGAGUUACUUUGUAUAAUAGCACUUUUUUGUGUGUUUCUUGAAAAUUUCCAUCUGCCAGACAGAUGAAUUCAGAUUGUUGAAAUGCAAAAACAUUAAAGCAGAUCUUAGCAUCAAUGCUUCCUACUUUAUAGUAGUUUUCUUCGUUUGCAUCUAUACGCGAUUUAAGCGGUUUUUUUUUUAACUAGCGGACUGGAGUAAAUGAUUUGGCCAGAUUUAGCGAAAUAUCUGUUCGGCAGUUUAGUCCUAUGCAUGCAACAUUUUAGUCCUAUGUUCGGCAGUUAUUGGUUAAUUCUUGAUCAUAUAAUAUGAUAAAGGAAAUUCCUAUCAGCCUAUUAUUCUUAAUUUUUUUACCUUUGAUAGCAUUCUUCGAUUAUGGGUUGAGAUGUGAUGAGGUUAACAGCUUCGGAGUAAGGAAGGUUUGAUGGGCAACCUUCAUCUCCUCUCUCUACGGUUCACCUUGUAAUUCGAGUUAGGGGGGAGAACCUUUUUGCUUUCCUUCACUAUUCCCUUCACUUUUAUUCCCUUCUUGAGUUACUUGGAGUUUCCAAGGAUGAUAGUUUGCCCCAACCAGGUGUCUUCUCCCUCUCUCUCUUUCCUUCCACUAUAAGUUGAUUGGAGGGUUUCGUUAUAAAUUAGGCACUUGUGCGGAGUAUGAGGAUCCCGACUUGUGUUGUUGAACCUUAUCUAUUUGGCCUUAUAAUAUUUCCCAUUAAUUAGAUAAAGCUGCGUCAUAAUCUGGUCAACUGGAAUUUUUAUCACAGUUAUAUUACAUUUAUGUAUUUGAAUUGUUUUUUUUGUUUAUAUUAUUUUAAUGAGUACAAACGAUAUUUUUCUCUCAGUGAGUUGCUUCGAGAGUUAAAAAAUUUAUGUGAAAAGUUGUUUUCUUAAGUUUCCUCGGUCGGUUAUCUGGAGUUGAUUCGACUCUUGAUUUUUACAUUUUACAUCUUUUGUUUCUGUGUUAUUGAUUCUACUCAGACCAUAUCAAAACGAUGCCCUUGAACUUUAAUUUUUCUUUCAUCUGGUUGAGGCCACCUUGUAUUUGUUUAAAUAAUCGGUACAUUUAUAUUGGUGGGCAUGCUGUCGUUUCAAAGUUUUUUUAGAUUUGGUAUCGUAAAAACUGUCUGAUUAUGUUGUAGUCGUACCAUCCUUGAUAAGUUAUAAUGGUUAACCCAGCAAUUUAUAUAUUCUUUAUUAGUCCAAUUUCUAUCCUCUACAAGAUUCAUUAUGGGAUGGGAGUCUUUUACUAGGUGUCAGUUUUCCUUGGCUUGGGGAUCGUGUCCCUGAUUUGCCAUGUUGAAAAAGGUUAAUAUUAUCAUCAGGAUUUGAAAUCAAUGGAAUCCACUCCCUUCGUUUUGUUCAUUAGAAUGGUCCUGUAUUUUUAGUAAGCGACGAGUGUAUCCUAUAAUUUCGCUGUAGUUUUGUCGUGGACUUGUUUUUUGGGUAAGUUUGCAUGCCUUUCAUUUGUGUGAAUUGUUUGCCUUUUAUCACUUUGCAUCAUUCCGAGAGCAGAUGUAUCUCAUUUAUCAGGGAACGGGGCCAUUCCUUGUCUUAAUUUAAUUCAGCUGUGGGACCGAGCCAAGUAUAAACCUUAUCUUUUGAAGAUUUUUGUGUAAUUGUAGCAGUAGUAGUAAUUAUUAUUAUUAUGAAGAUUAGUCGCAAGCCACCCUCUUUAUUAGUGUUCGCCGCAUCCUCAUGGCUGUGAGAUCUUCAAAGAACGUAGAGUUUAUCGUGCUGCAAACAUUACUUGUAUUUGUUGUGUCUUUUGGGAUCCCUGCUGUGCCUCCUUAAUGACAACACUUGGUAGCCACCUUUUAUUUAUCCUGCUCUAUCUUCGAUCAGUGCCGAUUAUCUGAGGUUCACCAUGGAUGUAGUUAAUGAUCAUAAGUUUAUUCUACCUCUCUUUAUUCUUUUCUGUACCCAUUUUGAUUGUCAUACGCCCCCAUCCACAUGGGUAGUCUUUUAAAGUAAUGUGAUUUGAUUGUGCUAUUAUUAGUGUAAUCCCAUGAGAAGUGACGACGAAGGUGAUCAAAUUUUAUCUUUUAUCAUCGCAUGUCCCUCUUUUUUUUUUUUUUUUGGAGGCUUACGAUCAGAUUCUUUAUUCAUUUACUAAUUUUAUGUUAAAGAUGGCCAUUGCAUGCCGUAACUGGGGUGUCUGUUCUUCUUUUUAAUUUACAGCAUUGCCGGAUGCCCGUUUGGAGAGGGCUGCCAUUUUCUUCACUAUGUACCAGGCGGCAUCAACGCCGUGGCCCAGAUGACCAACUUGGGCAACCCCUCGAUCCCCUCUAGGAACCCGAUGGCCCCAGCGCAUCUGGACCUCCCCACCCGCGGUGAAGACUCGGAUAUGCAACAACUACAAGUCCCCGGAGGGCUGCAAAUUCGGCGACAAGUGCCACUUUGCUCAUGGGGAGAGGGAGCUCGGGAAGCCCAUCCACUCAGCGCACGGGUCGGGGGGGGGGCGCUCUGGCGGCCGCAUCGACCCGCCGCCGGCGUCCGGAUUCGGGGCGGCGGCGAGCUUCGGGGCGUCGGCCACUGCCAAGAUCAGCGUGGACGCCUCCCUUGCAGGGGCCAUCAUAGGGAAGGGCGGGGUGAACUCGAAGCAGAUCUGUCGGCUGACGGGCGCCAAGCUGUCCAUCCGAGAGCACGAGAUGGACCCGGGCUUGAGGAACAUCGAGCUGGAGGGGACUUUCGACCAGAUCAAGCAGGCCAGCGCCAUGGUCCGGGAGCUCAUAGUGAACAUCAGCUCGUCGAUGCCCUCGCCGCUGUCCAAGAAUGGCUCGGCGCCCACCGGGCAGGCGGCGGCGGCACCGGGCAGCAACUACAAGACGAAGCUCUGCGAGAACUUUGCGAAGGGACCCUGCACGUUCGGGGACCGCUGCCACUUCGCCCACGGCGCCAGCGAACUGCGCAAGGCCGCCGUCUGA